AUGGUCUCCAGUAGCUCGUCUGUGGACGCCAGCGGGCUCAGCUACGGCAGCAGUAAGCUGCUCGGACGUGGGGCUGGCAGAGACCCGGAGAGAAGCGCAAAAUCCGGCGGCAACAUGAGCCAGGAGAGCGACAGAAACGCGGAUAACACGCAGUCCGUGAAACGAAACACAAACGUGAACCAGCCUGAGGAUAAAUCGGAGGGUAAGCGGUCCAGGACCAGUUACACCCGCUAUCAGACUCUGGAGCUGGAGAAAGAGUUUCACUUCAACCGGUACCUGAGCCGCCGCAGGCGCAUAGAGAUCGCCCACACUCUGUGUCUAAACGAGAGGCAGAUCAAAAUCUGGUUCCAGAACAGACGAAUGAAGUGGAAGAAGGACUCAAAAAUCAAAGUGAAGGAGUAA